AUGGCGUCGCCGGCGGCGUCGCUCGACGCCGACGCGGUAGCGGCGUAUCUCCUCGAUCGUCGUCAUCUCCUGUCCGCGUUCGAGCUCUACCAGGACCUCAUCUCGCCCGGUGGCGCGGCGUCGACGAAGGCGGGCGAACGCGACGUGGUCCGCGACGGCGAUGCGGACGCUCGCGCGAAGCUCGAGGCUUUCUUCGGCGAUCAGAAGAGGUUCGCGCUGUCAGACGUGCGCGCACACGCCGGUGCCGUCGAUGUCCCUACGCUUCGCGCGACGGUCAGGGAGCAGGAGUCCCGCAUCAAGCUCGCCGAGUACGAGCGAAGAUGCGCGGAGGAGGACCUCGCGCGGCUUCGCGAGGAGCGCGAGACCCGCGCGGUGCCCGCCACGCCGCGGAGGAGUCAAAACGCGGAUGGCGACACAGCUGUGGUCUUUGAACAAAUACACGAAGCCCCGCGCGACGCGUCCACCCCGUCGUACGCCGCGCGCGACGGCUUCCUCAACCGCGCAGAGUGCGUCGACCUGGCGAACGUGGUGCCGAUCCCGCCGCACUCGGCACCCGACGACGACGGCACCCCGACGGCACCCCCCGCCGUCUUGCCGGACAUCACGCCGGGCGAGCGCCGGUGCCUCAACCUGAUGACGCAUCAGUACCUCGCGCGGCGCGGAUACCGAGCCGCCGCGCUCGCCAUGCGACAGGAGGCGACCGCGGGGCAGGACCUCGACGAUUGGUCUCCGCUGGGAGGCGAACCGGCGCGCGGGGAAGCGCUGCGGCUCAUGCUGCGGCGCGCCAAGGCGUUGGAGACGCUGGACCCGGCGGCGUUUGAAAAAAUGCGACGGGAGCGAGACGAACGCGUUCGCGAGCUCGGCGACGUCAAAACGGCCAAAGAAACGCUCGAAUCCCAACUGGCGGCGGCGACGCGCGACGUGGACGCGGUCCGCCGCGAGCUGGCCAAGGUACGUGCGGAAUACGAAGCGGCGGCGACGGAAAGCGAGCGGUGGAGGGCCAAGUUUGACGAGGCGGCGGCGACUGUUCGACACGUGGAGCGAGCGGCGGAACGGGCUCGGCGCGAAGCCGGUGACUCACCGGGUGGUGACUCACCGGGUGGAUCGAUGGCACCUACUACGAAGGGUAAGGGUUCGUCGGCGCUGGAAUCCGCCGCGCAGGAGGAGGCUACGAUUCAAGCGCUGCUGGAAUCGCUGCCGAGGGUGUCGCCCCACACUCUCGUUCAGCAUCGAACGGAGCUGCUGCCCCUGUACGCUCGGGCGGCGACGCGGGCGAGGCUGCGUUCAGAACGCACCGCCGCGCUCGCGCAGAUGUUGUCGUGCGUGAAGCGCCCGGGGUCGGAGCAGCGACGGGCGGUGGCGGAGACGUGCGCGUCCAUCGGCGCGGCGAUGGGCGAGGAGAGGUGCGUGGACGAGCUGAUGACGUCAAUCGCGAAAAACUGCGAGGAGCACAAGGCGGAGACGCGAAGGCUUCUCGGGGUGGAGUGCCUGCGCGCGUGCGCCGGGGUGUCCAGGCGCAUCGCGGGGAUGGUCUUGGAGGAGCUGACGCGAAUCGCGACGGGGGAGGCGAGCGCGACGGUUCGCGUCGCCGUCGUCCGAGCCGUCGCCGCGACGCUCGACGCCGACGCCGGUGAGUCACCGCCCGGUGAGUCACCGCCCGGUGAGUCACCGCCCGAGGAAACUCUGGAAACUCCCGGGGACCCCAACCGACGCGACCGAUGCGAUCCUCCGUCGUCGAUCGUUGGUCCGUGCCCCGCGGUCGCCGACGACGCGCUCAUGUCCGCGGCGCUGGACUCGAGCGAUGAGGUCUCCAACGCUGCGAUCGAGUGGCUCGCGCCCGCGCUCGCUCGAUGGCGCCGGCGGCUUCACGGGGCGGGCGUCACAAACUCCGCGGUGCCCAAGUUCGCGGCCGCGCUCGAGGACGCGCUCGGGGAGAUCGUUCGAGGCGGAGAGGACGCGCGGUGGAGGGUGGGCACGCUAUCGCGCGCGCUCGAGGCGCUCGCGAUAGACGGCGGUGACUCAUCGCCCGGUGAGUCAUCGCCCGGUGACGAGUUUGCGUGGGUCGCGAGGUGCGCCGCCGCGACGGCUCGAUCCGAGGAGGGGUGCGUCGCCGCGGUCGCUCGCGCGGUUCGCGCGCACUGCGAACGCGCGGGGGGAAGCGUUACAGCCGUUAUCAUCCUCCCGGCGAUUCUCGCCGCGACGGCGUUGAAGCGGCGGAGGGACGAAUCCGCGGGGUUGGCCGUCGCGCUCGCCGCCGCGGCGCCGUGCGCGGGGGAGGGCGCCUACGAGCGUGUCGUCCGCGAGCUCCUAUGCGCCGACCCGUCCACGAACGACGACGACGACGACGACCGCGACGGGGACGACGACGACCGUUACGACGACCGUUACGACGACGAUGCGUUCGCCCGGACGUCGUACGCAUUUGAGUUUGCGUCGCUCUUCGACGGCAGGCACCUCGCGGCGAGGACGGUGGCUGCCCUGCGCGCGCUGAUUGAAUCGAGCGACCGAUUCGGCGCGCCGGAUGAAUCGAGCGACCAAUCGGAUGCGCUAAUUGAAUCGAGCGACCAAUCGGGAGCCGCCACAUCGAUGCGAACGACCGACUUAUCCCCGCGGAUCAUCGGAAGAGCCGUCGCGUCCGUCGGCGCGUGCGCGAGCGGGCUGGACGCCGACGCCGUCCUCUCCGAAGUCGUCCCCAUCCUCUCCGCCGUGAUCGACCGCGCCACGGGCGCCAACGACGACGCCACAGCUGUGAACAUCAUCAGGCGCGAGGCGCUGAGGGGUCUCUGCGCGUGCGCCGAGUCGCACGCCGACGACGAUUCAGUGGUGGACGCUGCGCACGACGCUUUGAAUCGUUGCGUAAACGAAUCGUUCGCGGACGGACCGGGACCAGGCGGCGCGACCGACCGCGAGACGGUGGAGGCGGUCGCGGAGAUGUUGGGGCGAGCGGGGAUGAAAGGGUUCGGCAGGCACCGCGCGAGGGCGGCGGCGACGCUCGCGAGGGUGGCGUCGCGCGAGGCGGCGGCGGCGGCGGCGGCGGGGGCGGGGGCGAGGGGGGGUUUGGGGGGCGGGGGCGGCGGCGGCGGGGACUUCGCGGACGUCGGCGCCGCGUUGUUCGCGUCGAUCCGCGCGGUGCUCUCCGGGGGCGACGACGGCGACGACGGGAGCGCUCUGUUCGAAACGCUCGCGCCCGCGCUGCGUCGCAUGCUGGACGCGGGCGACGCCAUGCUCGACGCGAGCGACCGCGCGUUGGCGGAGGCGAUGCUCCGCGACGGGGACGGGGGCGUCGCGUCGCCGCCCGGUGCGUCACUGCCCGGUGCGUCACUUCCCGGUGCGUCACUGCCCGGUGCGUCACCGGCGACGCCGCCCUCGACGAGCGGUAAGAAGAAGAAGAGGUCGAUGUUCUCCUACGCGUACGGAGGGGUGCGGAAGCACGCUUUGGGUCUGCCGAGCCGCGACCCGGAAAAGCGGGCGGCUGCGGCCGGGGCGGCGGUUCGGGUCGCGGGGGGAAGCGUUACGGCCGUUACGGGUUGGACAGAGGCGGGAGGAUCGCCCGCGGUGCCGACGGUGUCCAUCGAGCAGCUGCUCGGGUGA